AUGGCUUCGGAACUGAAAGCGAACGAGCCCAAUGUGGCUGGUUGGAGGGAGACCGUUACGGAUCUCACCGCGCGGGAGCAGCUGGUGGUGCCGCCCAGCCAGCCAUUUGAUCUUGUCAAAGUCCGACUCCAAACCCAGAACGGAGGCAAUGCUUUCUCGACCGCUCGCAAUAUCUGGGGCCAAAGAAGGGCCUUUGGCAUGUUACACAGGCACUCUUAUGCCGCUGUUAGGCGUUGGGGCUUGCGUAGGCCAUCUAUCCACCCAACGAACCCACUUUUAGCUGGAACAUCUCCAGACAGUCGCCCCGGACAUGACGUAACCCUAUCCAUACCGCAAUACUACCUCGCCGGUGCAGGAGCUGGAGUAGCCACCAGCAUCAUCUCGGGUCCAGUAGAACACAUCCAUAUCCGUCUGCAGACCCAACCACACGGCGCAACCAGGAUAUACAACGGCCCUUGGGGCUGCGCUCUCAAGCUCCUCCGCACCGCCGGCACCCGCGGUAUCUAUCGAGGACAGGCGGCGACUCUCCUCCGAGAAAUCCACGGCUACGGAGUAUGGUUUGCAGCGUACGAGGGCUUCGUGGGCAUCGCCAUGGGCCGCCAACAGAAGAAACGAGAAGAACUCCCCAGAUGCCAGAUAGCAAUCCGUGGAGGGCUUGCGGGGGAGGCGCUCUGGCUCCUGAGUCACCUAUUGGACGUGAUCAAGAGCAAGAUGCAAAGCGAUGGAUUUGGGGCCGAGGAGAAAUACCGCACCUUGAGAGUCGCUUUUCGGCAUACUUGGGCCACAGGGGGCUUGGUUUACGGUCUCGGACCGGCUCUUCUUCGGGCUAUGCCUGUGAGCGCGGGCACGUUUGCUACGGUAGAGGUGGUGCGGAAGUUUCUGGGUUAG